CGCCGAUCGACAGGUGCAAUGCACUGACAUUGUAGAUGCAAAGUACCUCGGCAGUUGCCCCAGUUCUCAAAGCUUUCGCGGAGUUAAUGGUUCUGGGAUCUUUAUUCCGUGCAAAAAUUGUGCAAAUCCUGGGCCGACACAUUUCGGGUGGCGAGAUCCCCGGAAAACUCUGUGUGCACGUACACAAACGUCACGAGGUCCUGUGUAAUCGCACACUGAUAGCGACUGAUAUGUCGGGUUUUCGGUGGUUUCGCAGUCCAGCCUUUACAACAAACAUAAUCAUAGACUUACCAAGCUGCGGUCAGUGUCAGCAUCGAUUUCGGAUCCUUUACCCGCGAAAGAUCGUUCAACCUUCAGCAUAUAAUCCCUGUUGGUUGCUUCUAGACGGGUUGCUGCGGUCUUGUCACGGCCUCCUCGAUCUCGCACCACAAUAUGAAAUGUUAUUCGACAGAGGAUACGGCUUCCGCUCCGGUCACAAUCCUGGUCGGAUCCAUGAAUCACGAACCACUCGAAGCAUUAAUCACAUUCAAAGAUCACACCUUAGGUGUUGUGGAACGGUGCAGAGUCAUUACGCUUGUCAAAUCUGGUACUGUCAUCGGUUACCAGAUCUGGAAACAUCAUUGCUGGUACAAGUAGCAUAGAAGAGCUGUAAGAUGUGCCGAAGAUUUCGACUGGCCAAGCUUUAUGCCUGUAGAAUAGCCUUGUGUGUGAAAAUCAAGUGUAACAGCUCAUUCUGGUGGCAUAGGGCCGUGACCGAUCAAUUGAUGAAAAUAUCAUGGACUCAAAACAUGUUACGGAAGAGAACCCGAACAUGGCGAAGCAAGACAACUGUUAGGUGCCACUGGAAUUUAGGAGCUGCAUUGAACCCUCUCAUGCUGGCGCCAGAAUCAUAUGGCUGAAAUGACAAACGUUUUGCGGGAUCGCUGUAUCACAAACAUUUCGAAACAAGUUACAAGUGAGCAAUCUCGCUUUGGCCUCGAGACCCCAAUUUUGCUUCUGUGAG